AUGACUGUACUGCGUCGCGCACCUAUCCAUGGUGUCCGUCAUUAUGUGACAGCCACCACACAACUUGCCACGCUCCGAGCGUCGGCGCAGUAUGGAAGGACUGCCGUCUACAGAAGAUUACUUUCGUCUCGAGAACAAUCCACACCUCUCAUUUCCUCAUCACACCUGACGCCGUUCUCCCCCAGACUCACCCUUUCCAAUCAGACUCUCCUUCGAUCUCUCCACACCUCCGGAGCUCGAUCCCAACAAACCCAGGCCAAGGAAGACCCCAAACAAGAAGUUCGAGAUCCGCCCCGGGACGACAAACCAGAACGGGAAGCAAGCGAGGGAAAAGAGGAAAAGGACCAGAAAGAGGAAAAAUCAGACAAGGAAGAGAAGGAGGGCAAAGAGUCCCCUCCACCUCCGCCACCCCAUGGCGACAAAACUCCCUGGCAAGUUUUUGUCGACACUCUUCGAACGGAAUUCAAGGCGUCCAAAGAGUGGAAUGAAUCUACAAAGCAGCUCUCAGGCUCCGUCCAGCAGUUUACCGAGUCCGAUGCCGUAAGAAGGGCGCGAGAAGCCUCCGAGGCCGCUUCCAAGGGCACUUCACAGGUCUUGAAGAGCACGGCCAGCGCCAUCGGCCAAGGCGCGGCGUGGGCUUGGGAGACACCCGUCGUACAGGGUGUGCGAAAGGGAGUCAACGCUACCGGCCGGGGCAUCGAAAAAGCCACUCGGCCGAUUCGGGAAACGAAGGCGUUCAAGGACGUCUCGGAAGCAGUUGAUGAUGGCAGCAGCUCCAGAUACGGCGGCUGGAUAGAGAAAGAAGAGCGAAGGAAACGAGAAGAAGCCCGAAGGUUGAAAGAGGCACAGUCGACUAACAAAAAAGACGAACCCAUGGUCGAAGAUCCAAACGCCGGCACUAACAUUACCGUCCACAAAGACGCGGCAUGGCGGGAGUCAUGGAACAAUUUCAAGGACAACUCGAAGUUAAUGCAGAGCCUAUUUAACAUGAAAACUACCUACGAAGAGUCCGAGAACCCCCUGAUAUCGACCGCGCGCUCUAUCUCCGAUCGGGUCGCCGGGUUUUUCGCGGAGAAUGAGACGGCCAUGGUGAUCAAGAAAUUCCGCGAGAUGGAUCCGUCUUUCCAGCUGGAGCCUUUCCUGCGCGACAUGCGAGAAUACAUUUUGCCAGAGGUGCUCGACGCAUACGUUAAGGGCGACGUCGAAACUUUGAAAAUGUGGCUCUCGGCGGCGCAAUUUCAGGUGUAUUCGGCUCUCAUGGAACAAUACACCAAGGCUGGCCUCAAAUCGGACGGACGAAUUCUUGACAUCAGACACGUCGACAUCCUGAAUGCUCGGUUACUGGAACCUGGCGACAUCCCCGUCUUCAUCAUCACGUGUCGGACGCAGGAAGUUCACGUUUACCGCAAUGCGAAGACGAACGAAUUGGCAGCCGGAAUGGAGGACAAGGUCCAGUUGGUCACGUAUGCCAUUGGCGUGACGAGAAUACCAGAGGAGGUCAACAACCCCGACACGAGAGGGUGGAGGAUGAUUGAAUUGCAGAAGGCGGCCAGAGAUUACAUCUGA